AAGAUUUCGCAAUUUGCGGGCUCCCUUCUAGACACACCCGGAGAGUCUCUACUGUAACUAGCUAGCUUAAAUCAGCCUCAACCAGCCAGCUAUGUAGACUAACCAGCCUGUUCGCUGCCACAGCAGAGAAACCGGAUACUUAACAAGGUGUUAGUGUAAGAAUGGAGGCACAUUAACCGGGAUACGUGUUGACUUCUCGACUGUGAACGUUUUGUACCAAAAUACAUCCAGCAGCAGCAACCAACGGCUGGCUAGUUAGCAUUAGCAUUAGCAUUAGCAUCCAGCGGCUGGACAGCUGUCACACCGGAAGGCCGCCGCACCGGGAGAACACCGGGAACACCGGGAGAACACCGGGAUUUAACUUUCUCUCUCCGUGUCUGGACUGAACCAAUAGUCAAUGAUAAAUCUGUAAUCUAUCAUACAUCGGGUAAGGAUGGAGUCCGUGCUGGGGAUAACCGAGGAGGAGUGUUUGGCGACUGUGAGAGGUCAGGAGCUGAGGGCUGGCCAGAGGGAGCCCAGACUACUGUCACUAAUUGAGCGCAGUGGAGAGUUUAUAUUGGGUGUUUUGGCCACCCCUGAUGCUGUUGUGUCUCGUCCAGUGGCUCAGCUGUCGAUACCCGUCAAUGGUAAUUUUGAAAUUGUGCGAGAGGCUGAAGAGGCUCUUCUUAUUAACUUCUCAGUAGCUUCCUGCAUUAGGAUACGAAUCAAAGGAGAAAAAGCUCCAGAGCUGCUGUUGGACCUCGAGGAUGACGAUCGGACUCAGACUUUCCUCACCCAGGUGAAGAGCGCUCAGCAUCAAGUUGAAUCCAAACUCACGAAACCCAAAGCGAUGGAGCCCUUCACACCAACAGCCAUGAGAGGUCCAGUCCCCAUCCCACCGCAAAGAGCAAACAAGACCGUUAACUCUCUGAGCUCCGGAGGUAACCAACCCAAAUCUACCAGUGCACUGCCUCCCAACCUCAACAAUAGCAGGUCUACAAAUCAGACUAACACAGAUCCAGUUCAGUCACUGGCCUCAGACUUUGGCUUUGAGGACAACUUCAACCACGCUCUCAAAGUGGAGGAAAAGAAGAACCACCAGAAUCGCAUAGUCGCUGUUAGGGAACCUCCUCCGGUUCCCCCUCUACCUCCUCGCAAAGCCUCCUACACUCCCUCCAAUCCUCUGCCUCCUACACCAGUCCCUAAAGAGAGAGCAGUCUCCCUACAGUCCAAAGACAACUCCAAAUCAGAUAGUUUUAGGUCAGGGUUCGACCGCAUGGACAGGCCAACGUCAUGGAGCGAAAGCCCCACCACCAACAGCAUGAGACAGGCUAUGUUCUCCAGCCAAGCCGGGCAAAGAGAAUACCUCAUCAAACACCGCCUGGGGAAGAAGGAGAAUGAGUACGUGGACAUCCAGACCUUCAGGUUUUUCACAGGUACGUGGAACGUGAACGGCCAGCCUCCAGACAGCACCCUUGAGCCGUGGCUAUGCUGUGACGCAGACGCUCCUGAUAUUUAUGCUCUGGGUUUUCAAGAAUUGGACCUGAGCACUGAAGCUUUCUUCUACAUGGACUCGUCCAAGGAGCAGCUGUGGGUGGAAGCUAUAGAGAGGAGCUUGCACCCAAAAGCCAAGUACAAGAGGAUUCGAAUCAUACGACUAGUUGGGAUGAUGCUCGUGGUGUUUGUCAAAAAGAUUCACAAGAAUCAGAUAAAAGAAGUGGCUGCAGAGCAUGUGGGGACGGGCAUCAUGGGAAAAAUGGGGAACAAAGGAGGUGUGGCAGUGAGGUUUGUUUUCCACAACACUAGCUUCUGUAUUGUGAACUCCCAUCUAGCAGCACACGUGGAAGACUUUGAGCGCCGCAACCAGGACUAUAAAGACAUCUGUGCCCGCAUGACCUUCCACUUACUGGACCACCCCCCUCUCAGUAUCGUCAAGCACGAUGUCGUAGUCUGGCUCGGGGAUUUAAACUAUCGUCUGUUCAUGUACGAUUCUUCUGAGGUCAAACAGCUCAUCUCUCAGGAUGAGCUCAAAAAGCUUCAGGAGGUUGAUCAGCUGAACAUUCAGAGGCAGACGAAGAGAGCCUUCACAGACUUCAUGGAGGGAGAUAUCAACUUCAUUCCCACGUACAAGUACGACCCCAAAACGGAUCGAUGGGACUCAAGUGGGAAGUGCCGUGUCCCGGCUUGGUGUGACCGAAUUCUGUGGAGGGGCAACAAUGUCAAGCAGCUCAAAUACCGGAGUCACAUGGAGCUGCAAACUAGUGACCACAAGCCUGUCAGUGCUGUCUUCAGUGUUGGGGUUAAAGUGGUAAAUGAGCAGCGGCACAAAAAGGUGUUUGAGGAGAUUGUUCGGGCGAUGGACAGAAUGGAGAAUGAUUUCCUUCCGUCUGUAACUCUGAGCAGGAGAGAGUUCACAUUUGGGGAUGUGAAAUUCCGGCAGCUUCAAAAGGAGCGCUUCCUAAUAACAAAUGACGGGCAGGUCCCCUGUCACUUUGCCUUCAUCCCCAAACUCAAUGACUCGCAGUAUUGUAAGACUUGGCUCCGUGCCGACCCAAGUGACGGAUUCUUAGAGCCGAAUGAGACUCUGGAGAUCUACCUGGAGGCGUACGUCAGUAAAGACUCCGUCACGUUGCUUAACUGCGGAGAGGACGCCAUAGAGGACAUUCUGGUCCUCCAUCUGGACCGUGGCAAGGACUACUUCAUUACCAUCUCUGGCAACUACCUGCCCAGCUGCUUCGGCACCUCGCUGGAGACUCUGUGUCGCAUGAAGAAGCCCAUCAGAGAGAUCCCCAUCACCAAACUGAUCGACCUGGGAGAGGACAGCUACAUGGACAAGGAAAAGUCAAAGGUGAGCUUCCUGAUGGUGGAUGGUGCGAGUACCGAGGACAAACCUCUAAAGAUCCCCAAGGAAGUGUGGAUUCUUGUCAACCAUCUCUUCACCAAGUCCUGUGAUCAGGAGGACUUGUUCCAGACACCGGGCCUACAAGAGGAGCUGCAGAGCAUCAUCGACUGUCUGGACACCAGCAUCCCAGACUCCAUCUCUGGUUGCAACCACUCUGUAGCCGAGGCUCUGUUGAUCUUCUUGGAGGCCUUACCAGAGCCAGUGGUGUGUUAUGAACUCUACCAACGGUGCCUAGACUGCGCUCAUGACAGCCGCCUCUGCAAACAGUUGAUCUCCCAGUUGCCCCGCGCUCACCGCAACGUGUUUCGCUACUUAAUGGCCUUUCUGAAGGAGCUUCUCAAGCACUCGCACAACAACAACCUAACAGCCAGCCUCAUAGCUACACUCUUUGCCAGCCUCCUCAUCCGACCGCCUCCCAACCUGAUGGGCAGGCAGACGCCUCACGAACGGCAGAAAGCCAUCGACUUCAUCCUGGGUUUCCUCAUGGCGGGAGACGAGGAGUAACCGAGGUCGACGGUACCUCACGACAUCAGUCGGGUUUGGAGUUGAUUCCCAACCUGGCUUACUAGUUAGCAAAGGACCUGGACCUGUAGGACACUGUGUAAACAUGAUCCACGUGGUAUUCCGUCUAUCUAUUGGAGACCAGUGCAGCUGUUUUUGCACCCAACUUUUCACAAACUCUCAUGUUAGAGGAGCUCAAGACUUCCAUUAGGACUGUGAUGAUUUUACCAAGUGUCAUAUCUUCAGUUCAUUCACAGAAUGACCACUCGCUGGAUUUGGAAGCACUUUGGGAGAGGUUUGAACUGAUGCACUUUCUGAUGGCUCCUCAUCCUCAGUUUGACACUUCUUAUUGUAGGUGAUAAUGCCAAAACAACCCCUAAACAGUGAGUGGUAUGAAUGUGAAAACACUAUAUGUAUCCAUAGAUGCUAAGCGAAAGACUUGAUUACACUAAAGAAAAAGGAAAUUCCUGAAGUUUAAGGACGUAGACUGAAUAAUAGUAUAAAGCAUUAAAUAGUUUGGAAUGGGAUAAUUAUGGAAAUGUAUCACUAAGAAUGUUUAAGCUUUAGAUAAAUCAUGACAAUCAUCCAUUUUAACUGAGGGGACAAUAUUAUAGAUAUCUUCUACGUUACCACACUCAUUGUAUUUUAACUGUUAUUUAUAUAUUUUUUCUUCCAAGUUUGCACCAUCUGAUCUGGUUUCUACUACAGUACGGUUUAUUUUCAGUUGGUUUUAAAGUAUUCAUCGCUUGUUUUUUAAUCAUCCCGUUACAGAAAGCUCUGUGUCGUGAAUGUUUUGCUGUUUUAAUGUGACUCCAGCCGCGAGCUUUGCAUCUCGUUUUGCCAGUUCCUCUCGAGUUACACAACGAGUCUGUUAACAAACUAACUUCCUGGUCAACCGGAAUCGAGUGAAAAGAGUCACCCUCUGUGGUUUCUUGAUGUCUUAAAAUUGUGUAAAUAGUGAUCAUAUCCCUGUUUCAUGGGUAUAUGACUGUAAGUAUGGUGAUGCAAAAUCUGUGACAGUGUCUGCUGUUUGUCAUGAAGGUGGUACUGUUAGUGUCUGUGUUCGUUUACAUGUCUUCUUCCUCCACAUCUUAAAGCUAUUUUUUUCAUUGUUUUAAAGUCUGUGUGAUGCCAACACACAGCCGCUGUGUUCCUCGUGGUAAAUCCAGAUGAGUCAUGCUCUUGUUUUAAGUGAUGCAGCACUUUCUGGGUGCAAGAUUUAAUGGCUCAUUACUCUGCAGGAUACAGCCUGUCUUUGCUCACCUUUUCUCAUUUGUGCCACUGAGGACUCUUUUUUUCUGUAAUCACUGUUGCAAAACAUGUCAUGGUUAUUGAAAUAAGGAACUUCUACGCUGUGUAUAAUGGACAGUUAUUUCCUCUUUUACAGUUUUACCCAAGAGAUGUCAGCAUUAGUAAAAAUAUUCACAUUUAAUUUCCCUUUUACUCUGUAUCUCCUUUAGAAUAUUUAAUGUUUGGAGACGAUGUGAGAACAUGAUGUAAUGUGACAACACUGACAAUCAUGGCACUUAUAGGAAUGUCUGACGGGCUGAAGUUGCUCUAUUCUUGUAGUUUUUUUCUGCCUUAUUGCCAUCAAUACACUAGAUUCCUCUGUUGGUCUUAAUCAAGCCGAGCUUUGCCAAAAAAGGAGGCUUGGGUCUGAAUGAUUAGUCCCUGGGGAUUCAGAUUUGGGAGAGCCAUUUUACACUCUGUCUUUAGAAAUACUAUCCUCGUCAUGUCGAACACAAAAUCAAUAUAAUCGAUAACCUCUGAUUUUUAAGUGUUGUAUCAUGCCACUGCACCAACUAUUGUAUUUGUGUGCUUUUUGUGUUCAGUUUUGUCACAAUCUGUUCAUGAAAUUAAGGUACGUUUAAAGGUACACGAGGAAACGCUCGCACCAUGUUUUCAACCUUUCCGAUUUUUGGUGCUUUUAAUUUAUUUAACAGAAAUAAAACUAUGUAUAAAGCUG